AGUUUUUUAAAUUUUAAAACUUUUUUUUUCAUUCUUUUUCAUUUUGGCUCCUCAAGAUUGUUCCUGCUUUUCGAUCGUUUUUUCGAAACCGAAAAUUACGAAAAUACACCCAGAUUUUGGCGAUUUUUCCGACGGAGAGAAUCCAAUCCCUCGACAUUUACGGAAGAUCGCCUCAAAAAAGGAAAUGAGUACAAAAAGAAAGAUUGUGGUUUCUUCGGAUUCCGAUGAUGAUAUGCCAUUCACCCAGGAAAAGCAAAAGAAGGCAGCGACACCGGCGAAAAAAAGGACAAAGCCAGUAGUACUAACCGAUGACGACGAAGAAGAAGAAAAUGCACCUCAAAAAAAGACUGCACCAAAAAGAUCGAGAAAGCAAGAAAAAGAAGAGAGCGAUAUAACCUCUGACGAAGACGAGCUCGUGCGCGGAACUGAUGAAAAAAAGAAAAGAAAGGGUGGAAAAAAGGAGUUACCAGUUGGUCAAAAAACGCUGGAUUAUAUGUUCAAACCUUCUUCGUCAUCUUCGAAACGUGAUGAUCCUAAGAAAAAAGUCGAAAAAACAUUAGUGAAUCCCGCAGACUUCUUCAAAAACUCACCAGCGCCAUCUGCAUCAAAACUUCCAAAAGUUGCUCCGAAAACUGUUGAAAAACCAAAAACGCCAGCUAAGAAGCCAGUGGAGAUCAGCCCGUCGACCAAAGAAAACACUAAAACAAAGAAAGUGUCGGACGAUGAGUUCGUAGAUUCUGAUGAUAGUUUUGACACGUUCACUCCUAUUACUGUGAAAAAGAAGACACCUGAAAAGAGAAAGGAGACCCCGAAAAAGAAAGAGCUUCCUUCUGUCAAAAAAGAAUUCCCAAAGAAGCAAUCAAUUCCUGUCAAAAAAGAAAAAGAAACUCCACAGAAAAAGGCGUUAUCAGUGAAAAAAGAUCCACCGAAAGUAACCUCCGAGUCAUCUUCGUCGAGUCAAGUUUCCACGUCAUCAGUCGUUUUUCAACCGAAACCAAGUGGGCCACCCCCAGCACUUUCAUGGGUUGAUAAGUAUAAGCCGAAAAGGAUGGGAGAACUUGUUGGCCAGAAUGGAGACAAAAGCCCAAUUAAUAAGCUUUUGGAAUGGAUUAAAGACUGGGCAAAACACAAUCUUGGCGAAGGGGCAAAAAUUAAGAAGCCAAAACCAGCUCCAUGGAUGUCAUCUCAAGAUGGUACAUCAUUCAAAGCAGCUCUUUUAUCGGGUUCUCCUGGAGUUGGAAAGACUACAUGCGCCUAUAUGGCUUGUCAACAACUGGGCCUUCAACUUGUCGAAAUGAAUGCAUCAGAUGUGCGUAGUAAGAAACAUCUCGAAGCGAAAAUUGGCGAACUCUCUGGUUCUCAUCAAAUUGAGCAGUUUUUCGGAGCGAAAAAGUGUGCUCCACAAGAUAAUCAAAAGGUUCAUCAUAUCCUGAUUAUGGAUGAAGUCGACGGAAUGUCUGGAAAUGAGGAUCGAGCUGGUAUCUCUGAGCUCAUCCAAAUUAUCAAGGAGUCUAAAAUUCCAAUUAUUUGCAUUUGUAAUGACCGGCAGCAUCCGAAAAUUCGUACACUGGCCAACUAUUGCUAUGAUCUUCGUUUUCCAAAGCCACGUGUCGAGACUAUUCGUUCUCGGAUGAUGACCAUCUGUUCUCAGGAAAAAAUGAAAAUUGGCAAAGAAGAAUUGGACGAAAUUAUCGAGUUAUCCGGUCAUGACGUCCGGCAAACAAUUUACAACCUGCAAAUGAGGUCAAAGGGAGUUGGAGCAAAGAUCAACCAGAAGGAUAUGGCUGUGGAUGCAUUCUCGGCGGCUCGUCGUCUCCUGGAUUCUCGUACGACAUUAAUGGAAAAGCAGGAAAUGUUCUUCACUGACUAUGGAAUCAUGCCACUUUUCGUCCAGGAUAAUUAUCUCAAUAUGAAAAAUGAAAAGCAUAGUCCAAUCCAAGCGAUCCGUGGAAUACGAAAAGCUGCAGACUUCAUUUCCCUUGGAGACCUUAUUGAUCGGCAAAUUCGUGGUGGAGGAUCCUGGAAGUUGCUCAAUGAGCAGAGCAUGAUUUCUGCUGCACUUCCAGCGAUUGCCACUGGUGGACAUUUGAAGGCAAUGAUUCAGUUCCCAUCGUGGUUGGGAAAAAACUCGACAGCUGGAAAACGGAAGAGAUUGCUUCAGCAACUGGUUCAACACACACAUCUCAAAGUUUCUGCUGGUACUCACUCAUUUGCCACUGAUUAUGCUCCAAUGCUCCGUCAGAAAAUAACGAAACCACUUCUUGAACAUGAAGCUGAUGGAAUUCCAGAUGUGAUCAGCACAAUGACAGAAUACGAUCUCAUCAAAGACGACACUGAAGCACUCACAGAAAUUGUUGCUUGGCCUGGAAAAAUUGAUCCGGCUAGUAAAAUUUUGAGUAAGGUGAAAGCAUCAUUGACUAGAACUCUAAACAAGACUGGUCGAAUGCUUCCAUACUCGAUGGAUUCUGUGUCAAAAGGAAAGAAACGAGGUGUGAAUUCAAUUGGAAUUGAAAUGGACGAAGAAGGAAAUCUAGUGGAGAAAUUUGAAGAUGAAGAUGGAGAAUCCGAUAAUGAGGAUAACGAGGAGAAAACUACUGAUGUUGUUAUUAAAGUUAGGACUGGUGGAGGUGCCGGAGCUUCAAAAUCUGCUCGAGGUGGACGUGGUGGUGGUCGGGCUCGUGGAGGAAGAGGAAGCAAGAAAUGAUUAUAGAUGUCCAGUAUUAUUCUAACUAUUACCGUAAACUUGCAAUAAACCCUCUUGAAUGAUCACUAUUUCGACAAAGCAGAUAUUCUUGCAGGAAAACUAUUAAAAACUGGAUAAAAAAUCAUGUUACAACGAUU